AUGCCUAGAAGGGUGAAGAAUACUUGGCACACGACAUUGCAAAAGACGUUGAUCAAAGACGUUGAACUUUUCAAGGUCAAUCCUGACGACGAAAACAGUUUCGCACUCGUGGAAACGAACCUUGCCGAUAUCGGUCCAGUUAAUGAAUUUGUGAAACAGAUCGGAAAGAAGACAGGCAGUGGUGAGAAAGGUAAUCUCGCCUCAACCCUUGUUGGUGCUCAGCAAGGAACGGGUAGGACGUCCGGAGCGGACUCUGAUGUGGACGGCGGUCCAAAGACCCGUGGAGCAUCAAAAAGACGGAAUGUUGAUGGAGCAGGCGGUGGAAAGAAACCAAAACUUGCCACUGACUACUCGUCGUCAAAGAUAGCAGCGUCUGAUGGCUCUGGACCUAUUGAUUUUCCUUUCAAUAAAGAAGGCUAUCGUUAUUUCUUAGUGGAAAAGGAUCCUAAUGUCAAUGAUAGGAUAAAUUUGGAGGAAGAUGAUGGAUCAGUUCCAAGGAUAAUUCCACCCCAUCUAUACAGACUCCAUUUCCAACGAACGGUCACGAUUUCACCAAACGAUCGAGCCCACGAGUUGCGGGUAUCAGACGAUCAACUGACUGUAACUGGUUUCGAAGGUUAUCGAGUGGCUCGCGCCACCCAUUCAGUUGCCAAGGGUACCUGGUACUUCGAAGUGAAUUUUCUCAAACAACCAGAAGAUUCCCAUAUCAGAAUAGGAUGGAGUCAACCACUGGCGGUGGUUCAAUCCUGUAUUGGAUACAACAAAUUGUCAUACAGCUGGCGAUCAUUGAAAGGAACUAAAUUUCAUGAUGCAAUAGGAAAAAAGUAUUUUCCUGGUGGAUACAAGGUGUAG